CGAUGAAUAUAAUUAACUCACAGUAUCAUAAGUCAGCUUUACAUUCAUACAUUUUUAAUUAAAUAAAACCACCAGGACCGGUUUCCAUACAUGCCAUAAAGGCAACGAUUAUGAGUAGGAAUGUUUGAAAUAUUUAUGUAAAAACUAUCUGAUUAGAUGCUUUUGUAGGUGAAACAUGUUAAUAAUUCCCCAGCGUUAUUAGAACUUAUUCAUACGCAGGCUUAAACGAAAAAACCCAAAACGUAACUAUACUAACCAGCAAAUUAGCUCAUAACAGUGACCUGAUUCAAUCUCACAUUGACUGGUUCCGUCGGUUAACUGUCCCACAAAUGUUCCUUCCCGCUGUCCAAAUGCAUGAUUAAUGGUCUUAUCACAUUUCUUCCCCUAUUUCGUACGGCCGGCGUGCGGAAAAACUCCCAUUACAUACCACCUCCACCAUGGCAGGCAGGACACAACGCAGGUAUGGCCCAUCCCGCCACAGAUAUCGAUCGACGGUGAAUCGGUGACCAGCAGCGAGGAGUACUUUCGUAUGGAGGUCCAAAAAGCUACCUCCACACACACCCCGGGCCGAACGGUGGCACGUCGCCCAAUCAACCUGAACCGGCCACCACCCCCCUCAACGGCUGCCUCCGACCGGGUGCAACGGUUCAUUUUCAAACUCAACUCCAUCAUCCUCAGCGACAUCGAGGAGCGGAUGGAUGAGGACGGUAGCAUAGUGCGGCAGCUCGAACGAAACCCGGACCGUGUAGUUGAGCUGCUCAGCAAAUCAUCCCUCGAGGACGAUGAAGGGAUGGAUGGUGCAGAAGUGGACGGUGGUGAGGAGGGUGCAGAUGAAACCACCGGUGCAGGCGUGACCACACGAAAAGGACGUCGAAAAAUGCCCCACGGAAUACGAAGACAGCAAUCGAUGUCAGUAGAAGAGACCACAGAUCCCACCAUGGAGCACCCCAGCAACGAGUGUGCCGAAACGCAACAGAACGCACCGAAUCUGGAUAACGAGCAGCAGCUAGUACUGCUGCGGGACAUUCCGCCCGCAGUGAGGCUUAGAGCUUUGAUGCGAUUUAAAUCGCUCGAUUCGUCCACACCCGACGGUACCAUGGUCGAAAUGCAGAAACACAAAGCUCGACGGCGACGGAUGAAAUCACUCGAUACGAUUGCGGCCGACGAUGAGAACGAAGAGGAGGAACAGGAAAGCGCAGUGACGGGGGAGGAACGAGACCAAGAUACCAUGACCGAUAUGUCGUACGAUCCGGAAGAGGAGGAACGCAUCUGCGAGGAGCUUCUAGCCGAGCUGCGUGCUCUAGAAGAGGCAGAUCGAGCCGAAGCCGAGGGUAAACUGGCGUUGAACGAAAAUGAGCUUCCCAGCGGUGGCGAUGUGACCGAGACCGGAGACCAAUCGAUUACCACCGACCAUAGUGAGGGCGAUGGUCACAAAACCGCCUGGGAGAAGCUGCAGGACUAUUUGCAACGGGUGCCGAAACGAAGGAGUAGUAAUUACGAUCUCUUUUACGAAAAUGACGAGGAAAUGCUGAAGACACUAUUUAAGCGUACGAAGUUGAAGCUGAUGUUCCACUAUAGUGAUAGCUCGAGUGGAUCCUCUGAUGAUACGAUGUGAUGUGCAGUACCAAAGCUGGAAACCUUUUGAUGUUUCCUUUUUGUGUAUCUUUGGUAGACUGGUUUGCUCAA